CUCCUUUCCUUUCCCAAGUAACGAUUGCGAGAACGAGGCCCCCAAAAUAUCUAUUUGGCAUCCGGCGAAAGAUCAACAAGCCCUCAUGACCACUUGUAAUAUAUGUACAAGGUAGUCCUCGCCUCUUGCCUCUUGCCUCUUGCCUUUACCAAACACCUCCCCGCACUGUCUCCUUCCUUUUUACAUCGCGUAUACAGCAGCAGGUACACCAGCAGCAGGUACAAUGCAAUGCAUCAUUUGCAACUCGCGAUUGUGCAUGAUCCUUCCCCCCUCCCCCGUCGUCCCUCCCGCGUCGCUCCUCCCCGGGGCCCCCGUAAACGAACACCGUUGCCAAUUCUCGCAAUAUGUGUACUUUAAAUACAUACUCCUUUAUUUUCUUUUCCUUCCCAAUAUACAUACAGGGCCUCCGUCAACUUCCAAGCAAUUGGCGAGAAAAUAAAUCAAAAACCGAAACAUCGUCCCAUUUAGGCAAUACCUAGUAUUUCGACCAAUGCCCCGUCGUCGGUCGAGCCCGCUUCCUCGCCCGCUUCCCCGCCGCUCUGCUGUGGCUACUCUACAUGGGCUAGACCCUCCCUCUGUCUCUCUCUCC